AUGACUCUUGCAAUUUUCUCUCUUUUGGCUCUUCUUUGCAUUCUUCCAUAUGCUGAUUCUAUUCGUUGCUAUGAUUAUACAAGCACCAAUUUGGUUAAGAACAACAUGAAAACUUGGGUUGAUUGCCCAGCUGAUGCUCAAUACUGCUACAAGAGUUAUUUGGAAUCCAGAGACUUCAACAACGACAAAACCUAUGUUGAAGGAAGAGCUUGUGGAUCCUCAAACCUUUGCAUUCAAAACGGAUGUGUCGGAACCAACACCGAUAAGGCCUGCUGCUGCCGUGGUGAACUCUGCAACUCCUCCUCUCUCGCCAAGCUCACCGUAUCUAUUCUGACCCUUUUGGCCGUUUACUUCUUCAAGAACUAA